CCAACGACGUCCGCUAAUUUUUCUCCAGAAGCGAUAUUGCGGUAAUCCCGAAACAGAGGAAGAAAAGGGAAGAAAGUGCGAAGAGGGACAGAGCGAGGGAGAAUAAGAAGGAGACACGGCGAGUAUGACGAUCGUUGAAGCCGCCGCCGCCGCCGCAGCAGCGUCAGCGUCGUGGCCGCCUGUGCUGGGCUUCGGCCGCGCCGGCGAAGUAAUCCUCUGCUCGCAGCACGGGUUCCGUGCGGCGGGUCUCCGGAAGCGACUCGUCUCCUCUAACGGGCGGCGGACCGCCGAGCGUCUCCCCCUCUCGCCGCCGUCCCUAUCUCCAUCAAUCUCCCCAGGGCCGCAUCGGCUCCUAUUUUUGGCCCACGCUGUGGAAUCCACGCAAGCUUCCUCCGCCACCUCCGGCAAGACCAUCGUUCCUGACAACGAGUUCUCCCUGGCCAAGGUCUCGUUUGGUGUCAUUGGUUUAGCAGUUGGAGGCACACUUCUCUCAUAUGGUUUCGGAGCAUAUUUCAGCAUUCUCCCUGGAUCUGAGUGGUCAGCUUUAAUGCUAACAUAUGGAUUUCCUCUUGCAAUUAUUGGCAUGGCAUUGAAGUAUGCAGAACUAAAACCAGUGCCGUGCAUAACCUACUCCGAUGCAGAAGCUUUAAGGGAAACAUGUGCAACUCCUAUUCUUAAACAGGUAAGGAAUGAUGUUACACGAUACCGCUAUGGUGAUGAGCAACAUUUGGAUGAGGCCCUAAAACGAAUCUUCCAAUAUGGCCAGGGUGGUGGGAUCCCACGGCGUAGUGCACCUACCUUACAAAUGAUUCGCGAAGAGGUAACUGAUGAUGGAAAGUACUGUCUAGUCCUUGUCUUUGAAGCUAAAGCUUUGCAGCUGUCUGAUUUUGAACGGAGACAGGCAAAAUUCAAAUCAUUUUUUGGGCCAGGAAUCACUUCAGAAAUUGAAAAAGGAGAAAAUGAUCUUUAUGAAGUCCGUCUUAUUUCGGAGACAACUUCACAGCCAAGCUCACAGCUGUAGAGUUCUCUAUAACAGCUCCAAAAAAUCAUGCCACUAUUUUUUUUUAAUUUUAUUCUUCGGUUUUUGCUCUGGGCUUUCUGUUAAUUGUUUGUUUACUACUUUACUAUGCCAAUUUCCGCCUGACUUUAGCAGAGUGUGCACAUUAAUUUCCUUUUCAGUUAUUUCUGUAUUUUUUUGUUUUCUUGUCUGUCAUAGAAUCCUUUUUAAAGCGGAGAUAUAUGAUGUACAUGAUCAUCAAAAACCAAUUACAAGGAAGCUUAAGUUAAUACAUAUUUGA